AUGAAUCCAGACCAGCCCCCACCAUACCCAGGCCCAUCGGCUCCAGUCUAUCCAGCCCAGGGUCAACCCCCUCAGGGCUACCCACAGCAGGGUUAUCCUCCACAGGGAUACCCUGUUAACAUGCAACAGCCUAAUCCAAAUUACCCUAACUACCCCCCUGGGCCAAUGGGUCCUGGAGGCCCCUAUCCAGGGCCUGGACAACCACCUUAUCAAGGGUAUGGUGGACAACCCCAGUACGGCUGGCAGGGUGGGCCCCAACCUGGUCCCAUGUAUGGAGAACCUCCUAAAAACACAGUAUAUAUGGUGGAGAACAGAAGGGACAACUCUUCAGACACGUGCCUGACAGCCUGCUGGACAGCCCUAUGUUGCUGCUGUCUCUGGGACAUGCUCACAUAA